UGUGGAAAAUAGUGGCAUUUAGCAAACCCGUGUCACAAAAACAGAUAAUAUCUGUCUAAUGGUGCAUCCCAGACGCCCAGGCAAUAUCAGCAAUGUUGAAGGGCAAAGGGGAUCAGCAGACAUUCGACGUCUCGUGGCCGGUAAUGCGUCCCAUCAUACUGAAGGUGUUGAAGCAGGAGGCUGUGACGCAUCACGAAUGGCAGGACAUCUUCUACCUGAUCCACUUGGUGUGCCUGUGGGACGAGAAGGGUGCCACGAAGAUCUAUGACUGCCUGCAGCAGGACAUCGUGGCGUUCAUCAAGCAGGCGCAGGCCAGGGUGCUGGCGCACCGUGAGGAGCAGGCCCUCCUCAAGGCCUACAUCGUGGAGUGGAGGAAGUUCUUCACGCAGAGUGAAUACCUGCCCAUGCCAUUUCGCACGCUUGAGAGUGUGCUUCAGGGGAAGGGCUCGGCGUCCAACCACAAUUCGGGCAGUGGCUCGCAGAAGAAGUCCACGAUUGACGACAGUAUUGUGCGCAAGCUGAUGCUGGACUCGUGGAACCAGAGCAUUUUCAUCAACAUCAAGCAUCGGCUGCAGGACUCGGCCAUGAAGCUGGUGCAUGCGGAGCGCAAUGGCGACGCCUUCGACUCGCAGCUGGUGAUCGGCGUGCGCGAGAGCUACGUGAAUCUCUGCAGCAACCCCGAUGACCAGCUUGAAAUUUACCGCGAGAACUUUGAGGCGGCUUAUCUCCAGGCCACAACGACGUUCUACACGUUGAAGGCCAGUGAGCAGCUGCAGGCUAACGGAGUGCAAACUUUCAUGCGCUACGCCGACACGAAGCUGCGCGAGGAGGAAGCCAGGGCGAAGAGAUACCUGGAGCCGAGCAGCUUCGCCGCCCUGACUCAGUGUUGUGUGGGUGUCCUGAUCUGCGAUCACUUGCCCACGCUGCUGGCCGAGUGCGCGCCCCUGAUCAAGGCGGGCGAGACGGAUCGGCUGCAGCUUAUGUUUCGGCUGCUGGACAGAGUACCGGGCGGCGUGGAGCCGAUGCUGCGCGACCUGGAGAGCCACAUCGUGAACGCCGGCCUAGCGGAUAUGGUGGCGGCGGCGGACAUCAUCACGCAAGACUCGGAGAAGUAUGUGGAACGCCUUCUGGAGUUGUUCAGGCGCUUCAGCACGCUGGUGCGCGACGCUGUGAACGAUGAUCCGCGCUUUCUUACGGCGCGCGACAAGGCCUUCAAGACCGUGGUGAAUGAUACGACAGUAUUCAAGCUAGAACUGCCCACGGCCACGACAGCGCGCGGCACAAAAGUCACAACGCCCGAGAGCAAGUGUCCAGAGCUGCUGGCCAACUAUUGUGAUAUGCUGCUGCGACGGACGCCGCUGAGCAAGCGUCUCACGAGUGAUCAGAUCGAAUCUCGCCUGCGGGACGUACUGCUUGUGCUGAAAUACGUGAGCAAUAAGGAUGUGUUCAUGCGCUAUCACAAAGCUCACCUCACGCGUCGCCUCAUCCUGGACUCGAGUGCCGACAGCGAGAAGGAGGAGGACAUGGUGGAAUGGCUGCGCGAGGUGGGCAUGCCGGCGGACUACGUGAACAAGCUGGCGCGUAUGUUCCAAGACAUCAAGGUGAGUGAGGACCUCAAUGCGCAGUUCAGGUCCUCCACCACGCGCCAUGAUGCCAUUAACAUCAAGAUCCUGAACGCCGGCGCCUGGGCGCGGGGAUCCGAGAGGGUCUCCGUGAGUCUUCCCGUGGAGCUGGAGGACUACAUUCCCGAGGUGGAGGAGUUCUACAAGAAGAAACAUUCCGGACGGAAGCUGCAGUGGUACCAUCACAUGAGUAACGGCACCAUCACGUUCGCCAACGAAGUGGGACGCUUCGACUUGGACGUGACAACUUUCCAGAUGGCUGUCCUUUUCGCUUGGAAUCAACGCCCACUCGAGAGGGUGUCCUAUGAGAAUCUGCGAUUGGCCACUGAGCUUCCAGAUCCGGAACUGAGACGAACGCUGUGGUCACUGGUGGCUUUCCCCAAGCUGAAACGCCAAUUGCUCAUUCACGAGCCGGCUGUGACUGCACCCAAAGACUUCGCUGAGAAUACUCUGUUCUGGGUAAAUCAGGAGUUUGCCCUGAUCAAGAACAAUCGACCACAGCGUCGAGGGAAGAUUAACAUGGUUGGCCGCCUGCAGUUGAGCACUGAGAGAUCCCAGCAGGAGGACAAUCAGUCGAUAGUGCAAUUGCGGAUAUUGCGAACGCAGGAAGCAAUUAUAAAGAUAAUGAAGAUGAGAAAGAGACUCAACAAUGCAGCUCUCCAAGCGGAAUUGAUUGAUAUUCUGAAGAAUAUGUUUCUGCCGUCGAAGAAGAUGAUAAAGGAGCAGCUCGAGUGGCUGAUUGAGCAUAAGUAUAUGCGACGGGAUGACGAUGACAUCAACACAUUCAUCUACAUGGCCUGAAUGCUCACCGGCUGGACGCUCUACACUCUUCUGCCGCCCCCGAAUUAGCAGCAAUGAAGCUCUAACGAUUAUUUCCUCCCUUAGUGCGCUGAACUUGUGCGCUUUUCAUCCCUGCUUCAGGGUGACCGUCUCUGUCCCAGGAUAGAAUAGGCUUCUUCACUCACACCUCAUAUAGCAAUUUUGCAUCCCUCUUCUCCUUCCCUUCAUAACACAACAAAAAUUAUAUUAUAUACAAUUAAUUGUACAUAUAUUGUAAUGCAGUUGGACAAUUUUAAAUCCUAGAACUUUGAAGGUGUAAUAAAAUUGCGUAAUUUGAAUGAGAA